AGGACGGCAACGAUCACCCUCCUCAAAGCGCGGAGGCGCGCGGAGAGAGGAGAAUCCUGCCGCAUUUGACACCUCCGCAGCUGCAGGCACGACUCGAGACUCGCCGACGAGCCCCUUCUUAACCCACCUCCCGCUUUGGAAGCGUCCUUCUCCCCUUUCAGCCGGGGCUAUUUGCGCAGCUCCCGCGCGCGCUGGGAGGAGACUGAGGAGAAACCAUGGGGGGGGGGAGAGGCUACCCGCAUCGGAAUCCCCAGGGAGGACGAGGAGUGGGCUGGCGAGCUUCUCCCCCUCCCCAGUCCCAGAGCGCUGAGGGAGGAGGAGGAGGAGGAGGAGGAGAGUCCACCACCCACCUACCUCCCCGCCCCCGCCCCGCGCAGCUGGAGGGCCAUGCUAGGGAAAGAGGCCACGCUUCCCAAACUUCCUGCCCCACUUUCCUCAACAGCCGGCUGCCAGGAGGUGCCGCCGCCGAGCGCGCCCCAAGUGUGAGGAGCGAGGAGAGAGCCGCCUCAGGAGCCGCCGCCGCCUCCCCCCUGAGGGGACCGUGUGCCCGCCACCCUCCCCGCGCAAUGAGCGAGCCCCGGGAGAAGAAGGCGCCCGCGGCUUCGCCCCCCGGCGGCACUGGCAAGGGCCCCGCCGUCGUCUCGCUGCUCUUCUCGCUCCUCUCGGUGGGCGCCUGCUUCCUGCUCAACGCCAAGACCUCUCGGCUCGAGGGCCGGCUGGUGGCCCUCGAGGAGGAGUUGGCCGCCGGCCGCGCGUGGAGCCCCGGCGAGCAGCUCGGCGCCGAGCCCCUGCUCGCCCUUCUGCAGCCUCAGGUGGACGGGCUCCUGCAGGAGAAACUGAGUGAAGGAUUAGCCAAACUGCGUACAGCAAGAGACGUAUCAUCUGAAUGCAGGUGCCCACCAGGUCCACCUGGAAGGCGAGGAAAGGCUGGACGACGAGGAGAUCCAGGUCCUCCAGUAAGUACAUGGAUGUUACUCUUGAUCAUGAGUCAACAAAGUUAAGGCAUUUAUUUUCCUUUCUGUGUCAUUUCACGGGAACAGUACUUUUGGUAGAGGUGUGUCUAGGGCAUAAAUUGGUACCAGAUGCUGCUUUCCCCUGUGCUUGUUAUAGGAAUGUUUGGGAAAUGCUUUUUUCACUCUCUGCCUACAUGGCUUUUUGACCAUUUUAAAUCUAGUAAAAACAUUUUUUCAAACAUCUUUUUGUAGGUCUCAAAAAUAAAUGAACAAUAUGCCUGCUUUAUGCUUGUAUUAUUUAUUGCAAAUGUUAAAUUGCCUCACCAGCUCCCAGCAGCCUCUAACAUGUCUGAGGGGUGGUUGCUACUGAUGCUGAUGGCACAAAGCUGUGACUAAAUGCACCACAUUGCGGCUGGGGAGCUGCGCAAUUGAGGUUAUUCAGAAAGUUGUAAACACUGCAGGCCCAGAACUUACUCAAAAAAAGUUUUAAACCAGUGUUGCAAAUGUGUUUUAAUGGGACAGUCAUCUAAAUCCUAGCUCUGCUUUCCAUUCCUACCUACACUCUUCACCCUUACACGUGCUGCCUUAGCAAUUACAUGAAGAGAGACCAGUUAUAUGCUCUAUAACUUUAAAGCACAUUUGAAACGCAUUUCCCCCCCUCAAAGAAUUCCAGACACUGUAGUUUAAGAGUUCCUGGAAAUCGUAACUGUCUGAGGGAUUGACUACAGUGCCCUGAUUUUGUGUGUGUGUGUUUCGGGGGGGUGCUUUGUACAUGCUUUAAAGGUAUAUUCUGACAUCCAGCCAGGCACAGUGUACUUCAGCAGCACAAAGGCAAGUGGGAGGCAGCUAUAGUGGGGGAAGAGGAGGCAGAGCUGGCCUCCCCAUGAGACAGGGUGAAGU